CUGGCGUUCCACUAACACCCGCACACACCCCCACCCCAGUGCAAGUCAAGAACAGUGCGAGACAAAGACAAAUCAGGCCGGAUCGAUCUAUCUAAAAGUAAACUCUACAUUUGUACAGGUAGAACUCAAGACAAACACAGCUCUAACAGCACUACUGGGAUUCUCAUUUAAACCAACAUGUCACAGUUCAGCACUCUUUCAGUGCGUGAGAGGAAGAUACAGGCAGCUGCCCUUUGCCAUGAGGUCCAUGGUGGUGCCAACGGUUUUACUAUGGACCUGGGGAAGAAACUUUCCACUCCAAAAGAUAUCAUGCUGGAGGAACUUUCUCUCUUGUCAAACCGAGGAUCACGCCUUUUUAAGAUGCGACAGCGGAGAUCAGAGAAAUACACAUUUGAAAGCAUUCAGAAUGAAGCCAAUACAAUUUUAAAUAAUGAAAAUCAAGCAAAUGCAGAAAACUCAGAAAAUAAAGAUGUUGCAUCAAAAACACCACCAAACACACCAGAUCCCAGAAACCCAGCAAACCCAGAGGACAUUGCACCAGGAUAUGGUGGUCCCUUGACAAACAUUCCUCCAGAGAGGUUCAAUGCCACAGCUAUGCCAAAAUCCUACCACUCCCCCUGGGAAGAAGCCAUCAUCAAUGACCCCACACUGGCCGAAACACUUAAAGUUCACAUGCCAGUGCCCGAGCCUAAACCAGAGCUGCCUGACUACAAAAGCUUUAAUAGAGUGGCUACACCAUUUGGUGGUUUCGAAAAAGCUCCACGAGGGAUCACCUUCAAGCUUCCAGAGGUAGACUUGAAUGCUCCUCGAUUCCCUGAGCUCCAGGAUCCCACAGCUAAGCGGCCCACUUUCAACAGGACUGCCCAAGGAUGGAUCUCCGAAGGCAUGCCUCUCAUUUUACCCACUGUCUCUCUGGAGCCUUUUGAGAUCCCUGAGUCUGACGAUCUGUAACACUGAUUGAAUCCUUCUUGUCCCCCAACCCCAAUGAGCUUGAUUGUGGUAUAAGGUGUUUGUAGAUGUCAGCUUCUGAUUGCAGGCCUGAUUUGUGUUUUAUUUCUUUUCUUUGUAUGUUUAAGUGACUUUUGGACAGCUGAUGCCUCAAAACUGAAGAUUCAAAAGGGAAAAAGGAAAAACAUAAUUAUGUUAGGCAGCAUUAAUAAUCAUCAGGAUGAAUCAUUUCUGUCGGGUUAAAAUCCACAUAGCAUCGCAACUGUUAUUGUACUAUGUUUAGCUAUAUCACUGAUCAUUACAACUUUACAUUUAAUGUUAUAAUUAUCUAUAACCACAAUCUCUGAAUAAUACAGUGUUGAUUACCUUCAAAAAAACAGAAAUUAAUUUUGAUUUAUGGAUAAAUGCACAAUGAUUUUUUUUGUCCUUGUAAAAAUUGCAAAACAAGCAUACAGUAAGUAAAAGUAUAUACAUGUGGUGUUUGUGCAAUGAGUUAAUUUAUUGAUACAUCGAGGGUGUUAUAGUGAUUUUCACUAACAUUAUGCAUGGUUAUACUGUGAAACAUCAUCAGUUUUCUAAUGUUGCAAACAUCUUUAUCAGUAAUAUAUUUAGUACAGCAUCACAUAAUUUGAGGUUAUAAUUUUUUAUGUUGUGAUUAAAUAUUUUGCACUCUAGGUUACAGAAAAUCCCAUAAAGCUUUUAAAAAUCAUUCAUUUAAAAUCUGAAAUUAAAUUGCAAUGGGUGAAACAACCAUGUAAAUAUAAUGUGUUGAGUUCCUGAAAUGUUGUACUAUAUAUAUAUAUAUAUAUAUAUAUAUAUAUAUAUAUAUAUAUAUAUAUAUGAAAAAUUAUUAACAGUGUUAGAACAUUUGCUUGUAUUGUACAAAUAAAUUGCAUAUUUAUUUCA